CUUACGUAACCAAUCCGAACUGCAACUUUUCUGUGUUGGUUUUCCUGUUGAGCAAAUAAAAAAAAUAACAUUGCUCAAGGUAAACUAACUUUUAGCAACCAGUGAGGCACGCAGAAGGGGCAGGGUAAGCAUGAGGUGGGUUAUAAUGUGGGCGCUGCUGGGGCUCAGCGUGGCCCAGCACGACCCCCACGUCCGACACGGCCGGACGGCGAUCGUGCACCUGUUCGAGUGGCGCUGGGCCGACAUCGCCGCCGAGUGCGAGCGCUUCUUGGGGCCCAAUGGCUUCGGGGGAGUUCAGAUUUCUCCUCCGAACGAACACAUUGUGCUGGACAAUCCCUGGAGGCCAUGGUGGGAACGAUACCAGCCAGUGGGCUACGAUCUGUGUUCCCGGUCUGGCACCGAGCAGGAGCUCCGAGACAUGGUCACCAGAUGCAACAACGUCGGGGUCAACAUCUACGUGGACGCAGUCAUCAACCACAUGUGCGGCUCCGCCGGUGGUGAGGGGACCCACUCUUCGUGCGGUACCUGGUUCAGUGCCAGCACAAAGAACUUCCCCAGUGUUCCCUACAGCAGCUGGGACUUUAACGACCAUAAAUGCAAAACUGGAAGCGGCGAGAUUGAGAACUACGGCGACGCAUCUCAGGUGCGUGACUGUCGCCUGGUGGGCCUCCUGGACCUGGCCCUGGAGAAGAACUAUGUCCGGGACAAGGUGGCCGAGUUCCUGAACAAGCUGAUCGACAUGGGUGUGGCCGGGUUCCGGGUGGACGCCUGCAAACACAUGUGGCCCGGCGACUUGGCCGCCAUCUACGGUCGUCUGAACAACCUCAGCAACAAGUGGUUCCUCGAUGGCUCCAGACCCUUCAUUUACCAGGAGGUCAUCGAUCUGGGAGGUGAAUCCAUCUCGUCUCAAGAGUACGUACACCUGGGACGGGUGACUGAAUUCAAAUACGGAGCCAAAUUAGGAACGGUCUUCCGAAAAUGGCAAGGAGAAAAGCUUCACUACACCAGAAACUGGGGCGAAGGCUGGGGUUUCAUGCCUGGCGGUAAUGCUGUCGUCUUCGUCGACAACCACGACAACCAACGAGGUCACGGCGCAGGCGGGGCAUCGAUACUUACCUUCUGGGACCCGAGGCUCUACAAAAUGGCCGUGGGCUACAUGUUGGCACACCCCUACGGAGUAACCAGGGUCAUGUCCAGUUUCCGCUGGGAUCGCCACAUUGUCAACGGAAAGGAUCAAAACGACUGGAAGGGACCACCGAGUCAUAGCGACGGAAGCACCAAGCCCGUUCCCAUCAACCCCGAUCAGACUUGCGGAGAUGGAUGGGUCUGCGAGCACAGGUGGCGUCAAAUCAAGAACAUGGUGAUUUUCCGCAACGUAGUCGACGGGCAGCCUCAUUCCAACUGGUGGGACAACCAGAGUAACCAGGUUGCAUUUGGACGCGGUAACCGAGGUUUCGUCGUCUUUAACAACGAUGACUGGAAUCUAGACAUGACUCUCAACACCGGCAUGCCGAGCGGCACCUACUGUGACGUCAUCUCCGGUCAAAAAGAAGGCAACAGAUGCACCGGGAAGCAGAUUCACGUCCGCAGUGACGGCUACGCCAAGUUCUGGAUCGGCAACCAGGACGAGGACCCCUUUGUAGCUAUUCAUGCCAAAUCCAAACUGUAAACACUUACUUUGAGCAAACAAGCAUUAACCAUUCACAAAUAUGACGUUUCCAUUAAAGGGGCUUCAUGGUGAAAGGUUGUCUUCUGCUCGGUCUUCUUGGGACUUGAAGUGGUUCGGGUCACUGCUUACGGGUGAUACAAAGUUAUCUGCGGGCUGCAGAUCGGUUUUUCAGCCUGGUGUGAAGUUGGUGGUCGGUGGUUUUGCUUGCGUGGAUUCUUUCUUCCCCCCACAGACCAAAAACUAUCCUAGGUUGCGGGAGUACUUGGAAGCUAUGAAUGAAUGAAUGACUGGUGUCCCUUUUCUCAAGCCUUCUCAUGAACUGCAGUACUGACAGAUGGGGAAGAUUGGAUAAUGCUAAAUAAUGCCAGAAUUUACUGUGGUGUAUCUCGUAAUAACCGCCCCCCCCCACCCAAAUCUUUCCACUUUUAUGUUCUCCUCUGUGGAUACCCAACAUCAGUUCCAGGAAGAAAAUGGUGCCUUUGCUUACUCCCACUAGAGGACGACCUUGUUGCCAAGCAACAGCGGCAAAUGAAAGACAUGUGCUCGGUCAAACGUGCGGCCUGGAGGACUCGGAGCUGCCCACUGGAUGUCCUUCCUACACAUCCCUCCGCCACUGAGGACUUCCUGUCAUCGCACGCAGUGUCACCAGUGCUGGCAUGGGGGCAAAGUGGAGACGCUCGGGACACCUGCUGACAACUUUUUGUCCACCUGUCCUUCGCAGUACCGCCCACCCACCCGGCGAGCUCUGGCCAGGACUUUAGACGGAUAACAUUUUUUAUUUAAAACAUUGCUUUUCCAGAACACUCCGCUCAUCUGAGUUGUCAUGGCAACAUGACCCGCAAGUGAGAUAAGACCAAGGACUUGCUUCCCUGGAAACAACAGUUCACAUCUAGGGAUUGAAAGUCGUGUAAGGAUGGUGAUGAUGGCAGAAGAGGGGAUGAUCUUUGUCUGGUACAUUUUU